AUGGAAAGAGUAUAAUCAAUAAGUCAGCAGCUUUACACUACUGAUUCAUUAGAUAUUUUAGAAUAUAAUUUUCUAUAUGAUGAAGAAGAAAAUAUUAUUAGAAAAAAAUUUAGGGAGGUUAUUCAAAGAGAUAUAAAACCUCAUAUUAAUCAAUACAUUGAAAAAGCUUAGUUUCCUACUUUUGUAAGAUAAAAAUUAAAAGAAUUUGGCUUGUUCAAAUUAUUUGUGGGGCCUCCCUUUGGGGAAGGAAGGAGAACAAGACUAAUUGGAAUUUUAAUAUCUGAAAUGGCUAUGAUAGACUCAGGUUUGUCUCUUUUCAUGCUUGUAUAAUGGUCUGUUUUAAUGACAACAAUUGAAUGGUUUGGAUCAGAAGCUCAAAAAUAAUUAUAUUUGCCUAAAUUAAUUGAUUGCGAUUAAAUUGGAGGCUGGGCAUUAACAGAACCUAAUUACGGAUCCGAUGCUUCAGGUUUAGAAUCAAAUGUGAAAGAAAUUGAUGGUGGAUUUAUACUUAAUGGAACUAAGAGAUGGAUUGGGAAUGGAAAUGGAGAUAUUGUUGUAGUAUGGGCUAAGAAUUAAACAACAAAACAAAUUGAAGGUUUUAUAGUUGAGCUAACUUAAAAAGGAGUAACUAGAUAAGUUAUUGAGCAUAAAUUAGCUGUGAGAAUGGUUCAAAAUUAUCAUCUAACUUUUGAAAAUGUAUUUAUUCCAGUCAAUAUGAAAUUACCUUUAGCUACGAGCUUUUAAGAAUCAACAAAUAAGAUUUUAAAACAUUCAAGAAUUGUUGCUGUUUGGAUAUCCUCCGGUAUAGCAAGAGGUGUUUGUGAGAGAGCCUUACAAUAUAUUGAGCCCAAGUAGAAACCUAAAAAAAAAGUUUUAAGUAUGAUAUCAAAUACACAAAGUGUUCUAUUAAUGGCAUGGAGAGUAUCUGAGCUAUAUGAUAGUAAACAGCUAACAUUAGGCUAGGUUGCUUUAGCUAAAUCAUAUGCUACAACCAGAACAAGGGAAAUAUGCACUCAAGCAAAAGAUUUAUUGGAGGGUGCUGGUAUUUAUGAAGAUGACUAUAUUUUGAAAGCUAUGCUUGAUAUUGAAGCAACACAUACAUAUGAAGGCACUUAUGAUAUUAAUGCCUUAGUAGCUGGUAGAGAAUUAACCGGAUUAUCAGCUUUUAAAGCUAGAAAUAACAAAUAAUGA